UUCAGGCAACAUUAUUUCCGGCGGUUGACUGACUCUUGCUACUUACCGCCUGCGCGAUAUUUUGGAGAAUUUCGCGCCUCAUUCAUUCUUUAUUUCAUGAUUAUUUGUAUAACAUUCCAAAAUGGGUGCAUAUUUAUCGGAACCAGUAACUGAAAAAGUGUCAAGCGAUGAAGCAAACGCGAAACUGGAGUGUGGCGCCAGCUCCAUGCAGGGGUGGCGUGUCAAUCAAGAGGAUGCACACAAUACGAUAUUAGAUUUUGAUGUGAACACAUCAUUCUUUGCUGUGUAUGAUGGUCACGGUGGGGCAGAAGUAGCAACAUAUUGCUCACAAAACCUACCGGACUACAUAAAGAAUACAGAAGCUUACAAAAGUGGUGAACUUGUAAAAGCAUUAGAAGAUGCAUUCCUGGGAUUUGAUGCCACUAUUGCUACCAAAGAGGUUAUGGAUAUUUUAAAAGAACUUGCAGGUGAAAUAAAUCCUCCAGGUCCGAGCGACAAUGAUGAGUCCGAGGAUGAAAACGUCAGUAAUUUAUACCAAGAAGCAAGUCUGCCUUUACAGGAGGUUCUGGCCAAGUAUGAAAAUAAGCUGAGCACGCUGCACCGCGCAAAACUAGGCGACACAGCUACACCCUUGUCUCCCUGUUUGCGAGCCAAGAAGAAUACAGAUGAACCAGGUGGCUCAGGAGCCUCAAGUUCGAGUUCAGGGUUGUCGUUUGCUGCAGGAUCAAGCUCGGAACAGGCAGGCGAGGGUGCUUCGUCCAGCAAAAACGGUGCUGUUGAGAUGGACACGACCCCGGAUAAACCGGAUGAAGACUCUGGUGGUGUAUCCUCAACUAAUUCAAAUGAAGAAGACAAGGAUGUGAAUGGAGAGGUUUCAACCAGUGAGCCCGACGAGAAAGCUAAAGAAGCCCAAAAGGCGUCAAAAUCAAUCUCCACAGCCCCAGACAGCUCCGAAGACAACUGUCAUCAGCCGGAGCAAAGCGGAGAUGCCAAGCCCACUGGCAACGGUGCCAGCGCCUGCAACGGAGAGGUCACAGACUCCAAACAAACUGAUAAGGAAGAAGAUAACAUUACAUCUUCUAAUGGUGCUACCCCUGUGAAGGGGAAGGGCAAGGAGAAAGUAUCGCCCGUGUCGAGCACAGACAAAGCCGCGCCUGAGAGGCCUAAGAAGUCAAAGCUCCGUCGCGCGGCGGCGGCAGUCUACGAGACGCUGUUGAGACAGGCGGCUGAAGAAGACGACGAGAGCGACUCCAACGACGAAACCUUCGAAGGCGGCGAGAUCAACUCUUCAGACGAAGAAAACGUCAAUGGGCUCGAGGAGUCUUCCAAUGACGGUGAGGCUGAAGAGGAAGAGGAAUACGAGGCCGAGUCCAGCGAUGAGGAGGGCGAGGAGGACGCGUCCCUCACUGAGGAGCCCGGCAACGAUAGCGGCUGCACGGCGGUCGUGGCGCUCCUCAAAGGCAAUGAGCUCUACGUUGCGAACGCUGGCGAUUCGCGAUGCAUCAUCUGCAGAGAAGGCAAAGCUAUCGACAUGUCGAUAGACCACAAACCGGAGGAUACUCCCGAACUGGAGAGGAUCACAAAGGCCGGGGGCAAAGUCUCCAACGACGGCCGCAUCAACGGAGGCCUCAACUUGUCCCGGGCCAUCGGAGACCACUCCUACAAACAGAACAAGGAAUUGGACGCUAAGGAGCAGAUGAUCACAGCGCUCCCUGACGUGAAGACGCUGACCAUUGACCCGGUGAAGGAUCAGUUCAUGGUGCUGGCUUGCGACGGAAUCUGGAACUUCAUGUCUAGUCAAGACGUGUGCGAUUUUAUUCUGCCCAGGCUGGCAGAGGGUCGCGAGAGGCUAUCGCAAAUUUGUGAAGAGAUGUUCGAUCACUGCCUAGCACCCAGCACCAUGGGCGACGGCACCGGCUGCGACAACAUGACCGCGAUCAUCGUGCGGUUCAAAGACGGCGCCAUCGCCGACGCCGCCUCCGCGUCCACAGACGGCGCCAAGAAGCGCGCCGCCGACGAGGAGCCGUCCGCCGACGACCAACAACACUCUAAGAGGCAAAAGGUCGACGACCCCCUCUCCAGUUCGGACGUCACGUCCAGUGUGUAACUAGCUUUAAGGACGAAGUGUUCAAGCCACGCAUAGUAUUCGUGAAACUUUCGGUGGAGACUAAUCUUUAUAAGUGGGAGUUUUCGUAGCAAUUAAUUUUCAGUUUUCUUUUUAGGGAAACGAUCCCUAUUUUGUGUCCGAUGAUCCCGACCACUAUUUGCACGUUUUAAUAUGCGAGUUUUCCUGUGUUAUCUAAUUAAGGAUGCAAAGAUCUGGAGUGAAAACUUUAUGAUAGCCCAGUAGAAAGCAGAUAGUAAUUGCGCAUGCACAUAGCUUGAGGAUAUAGAAAAGUUAAUGACGUUUAAUAUAAAAAGUUAUUUUAAUAACAAUGAGAAAAUAUUCUGUGUAUUCAAGAUGCAUUUUGAAUAGUAUGUUUCUUCACAGGCUCUUAGAACUGUUGCAUUCACAAAAUGUUAGCAGUAAUGUUUGUGCUUUAGACAGAAUGGAUGAAUCAGGAUUAAUAAAAAAUGUUUGGUAAAGCUGUAUGCUCACUAUUAGCAUGGAUAAAAUUUUUCAGUGUUUUGAUAAAAGCUUUUAAAUACAAAGAUUUUGAUCAAUUAAAGUAACUUUUGAAUAGUGUGUGUACAGCUGAAGGGGGAGUUAUUACUCCCAAAGUAAGAACUGACUUGUUGAUGAUAGGAUGUAGUAUUUAAGCAGUCUUAAGUGUAAGUUACUGAAUAAUUAGUGUUUUGAUUUUAGUUUUUUUAUUUCCAUAAUUACUUAAUAUUAGGUGAAAUCUUACUUUUUGAUUAAGGUAGCUAAAGAAAGCGAUUUAUGUUACUUGAUACAUUUCAGUCACAUUUUCAUCCAAAUUUUUGAAUAGUCUAUUGGUAACCAAAAAUGUGCCAUUUAGAAGUCAUUUCGUUUAAUAUCCCAUCGAAGAAAACGUUUUAUAUUGGGUCAAAUAACAUUUUUGAUGGCAUUAAUUCUAAGUUUAUUUAGACAAAAGUUGUUUUGUUGUCGCAUUACUUUAAUAACGCGAAUUUACUGGCGUUUUAAGGAAAUUUAUAACUUUUUGACGAAGCAAUAAAUGUUAAUUCGAUUUCAUAAGUAACAUGUUAAUACUUUGGAUUUAUUAUGACUGGUUCAAUAUCUCAUGGUACUAAUUUUUGGCUAAAUAAAUUCAUAUUAUUGAAAUUAUGAUUGGAUCAAUUAAAUGUCUUGAGCCUUUCUAAAGGAGGCCAAUUUUGGAAAGAACAUAAGUAAUAUACAUUGCUGUGUGGUUAAUGAUUGUCGACUUCAAUUUCAACAAUAAAAUAAAUUGCUGUUUGAAAGAUCGUGAAAGCCAUAGCAAAUUGAAUUCAAAGUUCUAUCAGUUUAGAUUAUUUUGCAGGCUCUAUUCCCAAUUGAACUCGCAACCAUUACGGCAGUAGGAAAGGGUUUUGGAUGGUGUUUGGUGCAAAAAAUUACAUUGGCAUGUUCCUACUACAUAAAAAUUAUUCUAAAAUUAACAUGAAAUCAAGGGAGUGUAUGUAUAUUUCAAUUAUUUAUCUGUGUUACUCUGUAGUCGUAAGUAGUUAUAUUUUUGUAAUCACAGGUAUUGUAUAAAAUAAUGACAUGUUUAUAUGAUUCAUGUUGACAUAUUCCAAAAUGGGAUUUUUUUCAUUGUGAUUUGUUUCGUUUGAUAAAUUAUUACAACUACAAUUAUGCAGAUAACCCCACUAUGAUUUAAAUACAGUUCAAUUAUAAUAACUGUACUAUCAUUUUCAUGUGUGUUUCAAUGAAAAUUAAAUUUUUACAGACUGUAA